AACAAUAGAUUUAAGCAUUGGGUUUAUAACUUUACCACGUCUAGUGCACCACCGGUUGCUAUGAGUGUUGCUCUUCCAGGCGUUGCGUCUUCAAGUAUCAUGUCUAGCGUGCCUCUGGUUGCUGUGGAUAUUGUACCUUCUGUGCCUCCGGUUGUUGUGGAUAUUGUACCUUCU